AUGGCGUCCGAACUGACUCACAGAAACCAGAAACCACAAUCGCCAACUCUAACUCCACGAACCUCAACCAACCCUUCAACCCCCGCCGAAAACUGGAAAACCCCAUUCCUUUACAUGGCUCAGAAACAGCGUUUCUUCUUCGUUCUCGUCGGAAUCGCCAUCGCCGCUCUGUUUUUCAACUCGUUCCCCAUCUCGACGUCGUCGAACGGCGACGGGUUAAUCUCGCAGCACGAGUCGAGUUCUGUGACUCGGAGAGUGCUUUACGAAGCUUACAGUGAGGGUUUUCGUGGGAGGAACGUGGCCGGGAAAGUGCCGUUGGGGGUGAGGAAGAAGAUCUUGAGGAUUGUGGUUACGGGUGGAGCUGGGUUCGUGGGGAGCCACCUUGUGGACCGUCUGAUCGCGAGGGGUGAUAGCGUGAUCGUCGUUGAUAAUUUCUUUACCGGACGGAAAGAGAAUUUAAUACAACAUUUUGGGAAUCCGAGGUUUGAGCUGAUCAGACAUGAUGUUGUGGAACCCAUUCUGUUGGAAGUUGAUCAAAUCUAUCACUUGGCUUGCCCUGCUUCCCCUGUUCAUUACAAGUUCAAUCCUGUCAAGACCAUUAAGACGAAUGUGGUGGGAACGUUGAACAUGCUAGGGCUUGCAAAAAGAGUUGGUGCCCGUUUCUUGCUAACCAGCACCAGUGAGGUCUAUGGUGAUCCUUUGCAGCAUCCCCAGGUUGAGACCUAUUGGGGCAAUGUCAAUCCCAUUGGUGUGCGGAGUUGCUACGACGAGGGCAAACGGACUGCAGAGACCUUGACCAUGGACUACCAUAGAAGCCUUGGCAUUGAGGUGAGAAUUGCUCGGAUUUUCAACACGUACGGUCCGCGAAUGUGCAUCGAUGAUGGUCGGGUUGUCAGCAACUUUGUAGCCCAAGCAUUGAGGAAGGAACCGAUGACUGUCUACGGUGAUGGAAAGCAAACCAGGAGUUUCCAAUAUGUUUCAGACCUAGUGGAGGGUCUAAUACGGUUGAUGGAAGGUGAGCACGUAGGUCCUUUCAAUCUCGGAAACCCCGGCGAAUUCACCAUGCUCGAACUCGCCGAGGUGGUACAAGAAGCAAUAGACCCGAAUGCAAAGAUAGAAUUCAGACCGAACACAGAAGACGAUCCACACAAGAGGAAACCGGACAUUUCAAAGGCCAAACAGCUUCUUGGUUGGGAACCCACCAUUUCCCUACGCAAGGGACUUCCAUUAAUGGUGAAUGAUUUCAGGCAAAGAAUCUUCGGUAACUCAAAGACAGUUCUUGUCGGAGGUGGUGCAACGGCUUAA